AUGGGAUUAGUUAAACAAGUACGUCUAGGAAAUACAGGCCUUAAAAUUUCACCUAUCUUAAUUGGCUGCAUGUCAUAUGGUGACAAGGAGUGGGCUGAUUGGUUAAUUGAUGAUAAAGAAGAAAUCUUCAAGAUUUUGAAAUAUUGCUAUGACAGGGGGUUACGUACUUACGAUACAGCAGAUGUUUAUUCUAACGGGUUGAGUGAAAGACUCCUAGGUGAAUUUCUAAAGCGAUAUAAAAUAAAGAGGGAAACUGUGGUGAUAUUCACUAAAGUAUUUUGUCCAGUGGAUGAAACAUUACCUCUCACCCAUGGUAGACAGGCUAUUUAUGAUGAAAGUGUCAAUUUGGAUUUAACGAAUCAGAAGGGACUUUCCAGGAAGCAUAUUGUGGCUGGUGUUGCAAACUCUGUGGAAAGACUAGGGACAUAUGUCGAUGUCUUACAAAUUCACCGUUUAGAUCACGAAACUUCUAUGGAAGAGAUUAUGAGAUCAUUAAAUGAUGUUAUCUUAAGUGGUCAAGUGAGAUAUAUUGGAGCAUCUUCAAUGCGGGCUACAGAAUUUGCAGAACUCCAGUUUAUUGCUGAAAAAAAUGGAUGGUUUAAAUUUGUAAGCUCUCAAUCCUAUUACAAUCUACUCAAUCGUGAAGAUGAAAGAGAAUUAAUACCAUUUGCCAAGAAACAUGGCAUCGGCUUGGUUCCAUGGUCACCUAAUGCAAGAGGCAUCUUAACGAGACCUUUAGAUGAAAGUACUCCUACGGGCCGUUCUGAUAACAUUGUUAAAAAAUUACAUCUAAAUGCUCUCAUGGAAGAUGAAAAGGAAAUUGUCAAGAGGGUGCAAAAAAUUGCCCAGAAAAAAUCUGUCUCGAUGGCUAUGGUUUCAAUUGCUUGGUCAAUUAAAAAGGGUUGUAAUCCAAUUGUUGGGUUAAGUUCUAUUUCGAGAGCUGCCGAAGCCAUUGGAGCAUUAGAUGUCCACCUAACGGAGGAAGAAGUGACGUAUCUUGAAGAAACUUAUCAGCCAAAGAAGCCUGUUAACUAA